UUUCUACAUUCGACGUCACGUCGAGUAUAAGAGGUAAAGGAUGAGGGAAAUGCAGUUGUUAGUCUUCAAACUGGCAUUCGGUCAGCACAGGUCAUAGCUCUUAGUCGGUGCCUCAAGUGUUACAGUGAUCAUCUUUGACCUACUGGAAGAUAUACGACCAAAAACAUGAAGCUACAUUACCUUGGGGUGGUACUCCUCAUAGUUAUACUAGACUCACACAUCAACGCCCUUCCCCUAUCUCAGGAUGCCCCUCCAGCCUCAGAAAUAGCCAAAAUCCAAGAAACCAAGACUGAAACCUCAGAAGAACCACAGAUCGUACCUCAGAAAGAAACAGAUAAGAAAGAACCUGCAUUGCCUGAAGAAACGAAGAAAGUGGCAGAGAAGGUCGAAAUAAAAAGUGUAGAAGAGCAUAAAAAAGAAGGUAAAGUUACUGGCAGACAAUCUUCUAGUGAUGACGACGAUGACGAUGACGACGAUGAUGAUGGAGAUUUAGAUUUGGGAAUAGAUGAUGAUGACGAUGACGAUGAUGACGACGAUAGUGUGGCAGAAGAUGACGACGAUGAUGAUGAUGAUGAAGGAGAUUAUUUCGACAGAUUAUUUGAUGAUAUUUUGGGAGAAGACGACGACGACGAUGACGACGAUGAUGAAGAAGACGAACCAGUGAAACCACAACCAGUUGCAUCGUCCACAGCCGCCCCAGUCGAUCCCAUCAUCAGCGAGGACCAAAACUCCAGUGGCGGAGAAGCCGAUAUUUCCGGGGAAACUGAAUAUCCCAACAAUGAAGGUACCUUCGUAGAAAAUGCCCCUGAUAACGACGUAGUUAACAAGGACCCUGUUGAUGAAGACCAAAACGAAGAUAACUCAGUUGUCAAACCAGUUAUUGUACAGCCUGUUCCUGCUGAAGAACCCGUGGCAAAUGAUGAUGAUGACGACGACGACGAUGAUGACGAUGACGAUGAUGAAGGACUUGGUUUGGCCGAUGAUGAUGACGACGAUGACGACGACGAUGAUGAAGCGGCCGAUGACGACGAUGAUGACGAUGACGAUGACGACGAGGGAUCCCUAGAAGACGUCAUUGAUGCCAAAAGAUCACGUGCCUUAAAUUCAUCACCAAAAAUGCCCGCCAUUUACAUCUCAAAAUACAACAGAUUUGUCGACAACAUAAUCGGCAGGAUCAACAGGAUUCUAGGAAAGUCAUACGAUCCCGUCAGGGUAAAACUGCAGUCAGGCGAAUCCAAGAAGAACAAAGGCAAGAAGAAAACCACCAAGACCAAAUCGAAGAUAUCGACUCGCCCAAAAAUGGAGAUGCCAUCUACCAAACAAGAGGAAAUGCCGAUAGCUAGAGCCAAUGGCGGCGAAUCCAAUGAAGGAACUUUCAUCCUCGUAUCCAAAAACGGAGAACCGGUGUUGAGGAAUAUCACAGUAAAAACAGAAAAGACACAAACUAGAGCGGCAUCCACAUCGAAUAAAAAUAAGAAAAGGAAAUCUAAUAAGAAUAAAACGAAAUCUGAAGCUAAUAAAAAUAAAAAUAAAACAAAAUCUACAAGCAGUUCUAAAGUGAGAGCAACAUUGUUUGGACUUAGUAGUAUCAAAAGGGAUGGAGAUGUGGCAGUCAAUAUGAUGACUGACCACACAACAGUAAAAACAAACUUCAUACUUGGUCCUCUAACUCUCAGAGUUGAAAGAGAGUUCGGAAAGGGAGCAAGGAGAGAACUAAAGAGUGCCACUGCAACCACUGCUGAAAUGUAUGGAAGACUGAACCUAAAGAUUAUCCAUGGUGGAGCUGCUACUUUACAUUCCAUCAGAGUUCUACAGCCAAAACAGUUGAGGAUAGAUAGCGAAGAAGAACAUGAAAAGACUAAAGAAUUUUUGUGGAAGAAGACAUCUCAUAUUGCCAGUGUUGUCUCCCAAAAGUUAGCAGCAGCUGCCAGAUCAAUGCUCAAGCCACCACCUAAGGCGUAAUAUCUCCCACUUUCAGAGUGAAAGAACUUGAACUGAUCCUCAUAAUAUUUAUUUAUUUAUUAUUUACUAUUUAUUUUUUUAGAAUUAAGUAAUUUAUUGUUCAUAAAUAAACAUUUUUAGUAAA